UAGAUGCGUGUGUUACGUCAAAGGUGCCAACGAAAUUAUGUCGUCGUCUCUGUUUAUGCUAUAUAUACAGAAGCUUGUCUGAACUUAGCAAUAGAUGUUUCCUGUAAACUUCGCUCUCAAGAGUCAAAAAGUUAAACAUAAUCAGAAUAUAUAAUGGGUUCUACAUUCAGGCACAAGCAUCUUUUCAUGUUCCAUAAAUUUUGGGAUGCUAAUUCGGAUGGAGUCUUAACCUGGGAUGAUUUCCGAUUGUUAGCAGAGAAAUAUACCAAGAUACAAAGAAGAGGUAAAUUAGAAAAGGAUGUUUUCGAGCGAUGGAAAACAAUAUUCGACAAAUGGUGGAAUGAACUCACAGAUCAUGCAGAUUUCAAUAAAGAUACAAUUGUUGAAUUUGAUGAAUGGUUAAAAUUUUUUAGCAAUCUUGGUGCAUCCACAAAGUGUCAUAAAGAACUUCCCGAAUUUCUUCAGACUUACCUUCAUUUGUUUUUUCAAUGCAUGGACAGUAACAAGGAUGGACUGUUCUGUUUAAAAGAUUAUAAAAAGUAUUUAACAAAUUAUAAUAUGGACGUCAACAGAGCUCAAGAAUGUUUCAUGUACAUGUUAAACAACGACGACAUUGCAAAUGGAAAUGCAAUGACUUCGGACAGGUUUCGAGAACUCGUAUAUGAUUACUGGGUGUCCAAAGAUCCGAAUUCGCAAGGAAAGUAUAUUUGUGGACCUUUCGAUUCUGCUCUCUUAGAUGAAUUAGAAAAAAUGAAGGGAACAAAAUAGCAUGUUUUUUUUGAAAAUUUAAUGUUUUAUAG